CGCGCCUCCUGGGCGAGAGCGUUUAGUGGUUUCCAUUGGCAACCGCACUCGCGCGCUCGCCAGAACAACAAUUCGCCUCGAGCUGCCGGCUGUUCCGAGAAGAAGGAGGCAAAACCAGGAUUCCUUUUACCCACAUGUGGAGCUCACAGCGCCUGGACAGCUGACGAGCGUGAAACAGGAAGAAGGGCUGCUGUCUGAUCAUGACUGCGGUGGUUCGACCCGCGGUCAGUGUUUCACGGCUGUGCRCAGACGGAGACGCAUUUCUUCGGGGUGACGACCUGGAGAGGGCCGCCGCCCUGUACAUGUCUGCCUUCAGGACCCACGCCACCUCGGCUGUGUCCCACAUGAGAAAACUGGACAACUACAGCUUGGGACAGGUGGUCUCUACCUUAGAAAGCUGGCUKAACAGUAAUGGGGACAAGCAGCCCRACGAGAGUCUCAACAAAGGUCUUGCGGCUGUUUUUCUGUCCACGCUGUGCCCCAACAAUUUGACCGCCACCAUUUUCAAAAUGGAAUCUCUUCUUCAGAGCGGUGGGCGUAGCUGCGAGGAGAUUUACGCUCGCUGUACGGCUCUGCUCGAAGGCAAGCGAGGCCCUCACCAAGAGGGCUCUACCCGUGUGCUGCUGGAGAUCACUCGGGCCCUKGCCUGCUUGCUCUCAGAGCCUCAUAGUUCUAAGGGACUGAGACUUUAUCUUCAAACUUACCACAGGAACAAAAYAGAAACUGUCGCACUGGUGCAGAGCAGACAAGCUGCACACCUCACCAAAAUAGUGAAGUCAUUUGCAGAGCARAUAAUGCAAAUACGUCCCUCUCUGGCAUUUGACAAAUGGGCAGUAACAACAAAGGAGGAUGAUAAACUAGAUAUAGAGGAAUCUUCUGCAGUUAUUGACUUCCUAUCGGGUAUCUCACCUGCUGACAGAGAGGUACAGGAACUUACUUAAAGCAGUGUGUUUGUUCUUAUCAGGCCGGU